AUGAGCCGAAUACUUAUUCUGACUAUCCUAUCGACUUACCUGUCGGACACGGCACUUGCGUUCAGUGCCUCCGCUCAAGAGCCUUCUCUGAAGACCUGGCUGCAGUCUCCAGAGGACGCUGAAGCUCCUGCAAUUGAAACCGUCGCUGACGCAUCUCUGUUGCUUGGUGAGUGGGACAGAUUCUUCAAUCCUGAAGCAGCAGGGGGCAAGGGUGACAACGAAGUUGCCUCGAAACUCAAGGAUUAUAUACCAACCGCAGUUCGAAUACUUUCCGAAACGGCUGCAGAAGAGCGAGCAAAGGAUUCUGCACAAGGAAGAUGCAUGUUGGGUAUUUGUGCAUCUUCGAUGCAGGAUGGGAUUGAAGCUCUCAAAUCGUUUGUGACUACCUUGGAGCUUCCACGGGGUCUCUUGCACGGUGCUGAUAAGGAUGGUGUCCCUCUAGAAAUCAAAAAUGGCGUUUACAUCAAAUAUAACUCUGGUGGAGUUUACAGCUUUGCGGAUAUCCGAAAAUCUGGCCUCGGGUUCGAUGCUCUUUGGAAGCCAGGAGACGCCAUGCUGGAGCAAUAUGAUGGUGAUUACCGAGGAGUAUACUUCCAGGUUGAACUAUCAGAUGGAGAAUUCCGACAAUAUCUUGUCCCCCUGGAUACAUUUUAA